CAAUAGUUUUAUUACAAUGUAGACUUCUUUGUGUUUAUUUUAGUUGCUGUAUAUUUAGCAUUUUGUACUGGUAAAUGUGUUUUUCAUCAAAUUUGGGGAAAUUCUGGCCAUCACUCUUUCUUCAAAAAUUUUUUCUGUCCCUUUUUUUUCUACUUCUGUUUACAUGCAUGUUGGAUUGUCUGACAUGUAGCAAAUCUCUGUGGGUCUACUCACUUUUUAAAGAUAAUUUUUCUCUUUGUUGUUUACUUUUAAUAAUUUCUAUUGCUCUAUCUUCAAGUUCUCUACUUUUUCUUUUGUAAUUUUUUUUGGCUGUUAAAUUCACCCAGUGAAUUUUUUAUUUCUAAAAUUAUAAUUUUCAAUUUUCAGAAUUUCCAUUUGGUUUUAAAAAUCUUUUUUUCUUUUUCUUUGCUGAGAUUUUCUAUUUGUCUCCUGAGAUUUUCAUUCAUUGAAAACAUGUUUUACUUCACUGAGGAUAGUUAUAAUAGUCACUUUAAAAAUCCUUAUCUGUCAGUUUCAAUAUCUGAUUCAUCUCAGGGUUGAUCUCUACAGUAUGCGAUCCAUUUCCUUGAAUUUCAUAUGUCAGAUAGUUUUGGAUAGUAUUCUGGACUUUGUGAGUGUUAAGUGGAGAGUCUGGAUUCUAUUAUUCUUCUCUGAUGAGUGUUAUUUCCUUUGUAGGUAAUUUUUCCGGCUAGAUUUUAACUGAAAACUCUCUCCCUUUUGGAGACAGCUCUGGUUUCAGUUCAGAUCUUUUGUUUUUAACUGAGCUGCUGUGAUUCUGUUUUGGGUGGUUCAGGAUCUCCCAGAGAUGUGGGUUGACAGUUUGGGGAUCCACUCUCUGACUCCUUCCUUGGGAUUUCUUAAUCUCUUCAGAAUUCAAAAUUUUCUGUCUUCACUUUUCUGCUUCCCCAGAUAAGAAUAACUGAUAAGUUUUAUACAUGCCCACCUGGUACUGCUGAGCCUGACUUCUGGACUGCACUUUGCCCCAAGCUAAAUGCCAAAGAGAGGGGAAUUUUCUUGUGGAGUUCCUGAUCUUCAAGCAAGCUUGCCCUUCCUACCAGUCUGCUGUUCACAUUUCAGUAUAUUCAGCUCUUUGUAUUGUGUCCAAGUGGAGUUCCUGAUCUUCAAGCAAGCUUGCCCUUCCUACAAGUCCACUGUUCACAUUCCAGUAUAUUCAGCUUUUUGCAUUGUGUCCAAGUUGUUUUCUGCUGGGGGAUGGUCCACUAGGGUCUUAGUCUACCAUGGUUGAAAACAGAAGUUGUGUCCUGCCUGGGACUUUGGAUUUUGAGUCACCCUUGUCCUGGUCAAUGCGAUAGCCUCCUAACCAGUCCCUGUUUGUGUCCUUGCUCCCUCCAGUCUAUCCUCAACAUAUCAGUCAGAGUGAUCCUAUGAAAACGUAACAGGAGCCUCCAAUAGCUUCCCAUUUCACUCACAGUAAAUUAAAAAAUACUUAAAAUGUGCUACUCUGCCUGUCUGAAACUCCUCAUCCUUGGCUUCCAGAUCACAUGCUUAUGCUAGUUUGUAUCUUACCUUUCUGAACACUCAUUCAGCAACUCGUUGUUUCCUCUAAUCCUGAAACGUGGGUCACCCUGAAAGUAUGGUUCUACUUUAAAGUUCUAUGCCAGGGCACUGAGUAAGGCUUUUCCCGUUCCCAGCAAUCAGAAACCAGGACCCCACUGCUGAAGACGACGUAUGUAUCCCCCAACUUUCUCAGAGAGUUAUCGGCAGCACUGACUUAAAGAGGAUUAAGAGCUUCUGGGUGCAGGCUGCUCUUUAAUAUUUUUCACGCUAGAAUUUGCUCAGAUUUGAAUAAACGCAGAGCGAAACUAGAGAGCGUUCGCGCAGGUUCUAGCUACCUUGGUCAAAAGGAGGGGCUGAUGCAACUUUCCUCCCAGUUUCUGAGCCCUCUCGCACGGCAGCUGCGAGCCUCGGGGAAGCGGAACCCACAGGCGCGCGCGCCGCUGCUUCUGGCCGGGCGCGGGUUGUGGUGCACCACGGGAGCGCCGCACCGGCCGGCAUGGAGGAGCGCGGCGAUUCCGAGCCGACCCCCGGCUGCAGCGGCCUGGGUCCGGGCGGUGUUCGCGGCUUUGGCGACGGCGGCGGAGCUCCCUCGUGGGCCCCCGAGGACGCCUGGAUGGGCACUCACCCUAAGUAUUUAGAAAUGAUGGAAUUAGAUAUAGGAGAUGCCACCCAAGUUUAUGUAGCAUUCUUGGUUUACCUGGACCUCAUGGAAAGCAAAAGCUGGCAUGAAGUAAACUGUGUAGGAUUACCAGAACUCCAGCUCAUCUGCCUUGUUGGUACUGAGAUAGAAGGGGAGGGGUUACAGACUGUGGUGCCUACCCCCAUCACUGCUUCCCUCAGCCAUAACAGGAUAAGGGAGAUCUUGAAGGCAUCUCGAAAAUUGCAAGGUGAUCCAGAUUUGCCGAUGUCUUUUACUUUGGCCAUAGUGGAGUCUGAUUCUACAAUAGUCUAUUAUAAACUUACUGAUGGAUUUAUGCUGCCAGACCCUCAGACUAUUUCUCUUAGAAGAUGACAUCUAUGUUUCCUGAUGCUUGUUUUAUUCAUACAAGAUUGGAUUUGAGACCCAUCAGACUGCUUCAUCUUUUAUCUCAGAGAUAGUCAGGGUUGACUUAGAUAGUGAGGAUUGACUUCCCCAUUCCGUAAGGUUUUCACUCUGAAGAAUAAAACUUCCCCAGGUAGAAGACUUUCUCCUCCUUAAAAAAUAUAGGGUGAUUUCUUUAAAACUUUGUUAUCUAGAGACAGUUUAAUUACAGUUGUAUACAGGUUUAUGCCUAGGAUGUAUUCAGAUGGGUGGGACCUGUGUGCUGCUUUUGUCAUCCCGCACUCAAAGUUGCCUCUUUGUUUCUUGCUGCCACUGCCAGCUCAUUGUUGAGACUUCCAACAAUUCUCUUUCUUGGAGAAAGAGAAUUGUUCCAACUUCCAACAAUUCUCUUCCUCUUACUCAACUCUCCCCGGUGCCUUUUGGCCACUGCAGCUAUCAUAGAAUGGCAUUUUAUAUACACCUUGUCACCCACUUCUGUUUACUUUUUCCUCUCCAGUAGAAAGUAAAAGAUUUCUUUCAAUUGGUCUUCCCAUUGCAGUUACUGUUAUUUCUCUUUUUUGGUUAACUUUAAAUCAAAACUCAAAAUAUGUUCAUCCAGAGUGUAAACUUACAUGUCUUAAGUAACAGGGACCAGAGACAUGUUACCUACAGGAGUUCUGAGCCAUCCUUUUCAUUCCUAUCACAUAUCAUAGCUUGAAUAUUGCAACAGUGUGGGAGGGAGUCAACCAUAAAAAUGUCUUCAUUAAUUAGAUCCAGUUAUUCCACUUUUGUUAACGUCUCUCAAAUUGUACAAAGUAUGAAAAAUUAUAUGCACAAAGAUGUUCCAAGUGACAUUACUUUUAGUAGCCCAAAUUAUAAACCACUUUAAAGUUUAGGGUAAAGAUUGGCAAACUUUUUCUAUAAAGGGCCAGAAAGUAACUAUUUUAGGUUUUCAAACCUAUUGUCUCUGUCAUAACUUGUCCACACUGCUGUGUGAAGCACAAAAGCAGCCAUAGACAAUACAUAAACAAUACGGGCAUGGCUUUGUUCCAGUAAAACUUUGUUUACAAAUGUGGUGCCAUAGUUUGCCAUCCCUGGGUCUAGGAAAUAGUCAAUUAACAGAUAUAUACAAAUGGUACAUAAUGUACUUAUUAAAAAUUGGUAAUGAAUAUUAUUAAAAACAUGAAAAUAUUACAUUAAGUAAAAAUUGCAAGACAGAAAAGUGUAUGAGUGGGUGUAAUCAUGGCUGAAAUAACAGACCAAGCAUAUGAUAAAAAGAUAACAAAGUAAAUCAAAUUACUAACUGGUUAUAGUGGGAUAGGAGGCAGAAAAUGGAUGACUUUGUCUUUUCUCAAUGUUUUUAUUUGUAUUUUAUAAUAAAAAUGUUUUAAAAUUAAAA